GGUUUCGCCGACGACCUUGGUCCGGUCAAUUGGUACCGGAAUGAUUGUGGAGUCUUCAAUCUUGUCGAUGGGAAAGUCGAAUGUUUUGCUCGUCGGGAUCGUCACAACCAGAACUACUUUUGGUUCUUCCCUAUGCCCUGGAAUAUCUGUGAGCAUACUAAAAAUCAAGCGACGAAUGCCGAGAAUUGGAAGCGGUUGCUGCUUCAAACUAGUGCUAACAAUACCAGCAGAGGAAAGACUCAGAGUAGUACUAGAACUAUCAGCACAAGUAACAGCAAUAAUAUUAACAGCGCCAGUAGUACCAAUAAUCGUACUAGUAAUGCACCGGCCAUGAUCAGGGCAAAAGAACCAGUAAAGAAGACGAACAAGAAGGUCCAACAACAAAGGCAUAAUAAUAAUAGCAAAGUCGGCAGCAACAGAUUUGAAGCUUUGUUACUGGAUGAGGAUGCCGACGACUGAGAGGGCUUGCAUGUUGGAAUCGAGCAGCGAG